CAAAAUGGUUCGCCUUUCGAUCCUUUGUCUGCUUCUGGGGCUCUACGGGGUCCAGGCCCUUUAUUGCGAUAAUUCUUACGAAAAAAAGUGCGUGGCGCGAAAUCAUUGCAGAGUUGGCUCCGAAACCGGAACGCCCAUCAUGCAGUUCCAAUUUGUAGAAAGAGGCAAUGGAGGAUGCUCUGCUGCCGAAACCUGCUGUCCAAUCACGGAAAUUUCACCAUUUCCAAUCACGAAUCAGGUACCCUAUCGACCGAUGCAGGGUUGUGGAAACGUAAAUCGCAAUGGCCUGACCUUCACCAUAGCCAACUCGGGGGACACCGCACAGGAGGGCGAACUUCCCUGGAUGGUGGUACUCCUGGAUGCCCAAUAUCUCCAGCCGAUCGGCGGUGGCUCCCUGAUCGCACCGGAUGUGGUGCUCACGGCCACCAGUGUGACCCGGAAUCUCGCCGAGAACCAGUUCAUUGUGCGGGCUGGAGAAUGGGAUCUCGAUACCAACACCGAGCUGCUAAAACAUGAGGACGUGUUGAUCCGGAAGAUCGUGCUUCAUGCUGAAUUCAAUGAGGUAACCGGGGCCAACAAUGCGGCCCUUCUUUUCCUCGCCAGACCUCUUCAACUGUCCCGCCACAUAAACCUCAUAUGCCUGCCGCCACCGGAUUGGAAGUUCUCAUGGAAUCGAUGCAUCGUCAGUGGCUGGGGUAAGAAGAACUGGAACGACAUCAGCUACAUGAAUCUCCUGAAGAAGAUCGAGGUGCCGUUGGUGGACAGCGCCACGUGCCAGAGGCAAUUGCAGGGAAUAUUUACCUCAGCCUUCCAGCUUCAUAACAGUCUGAUCUGCGCCGGCGGAGAGGCUGGCAAGGAUUCAUGCGAAGGCGACGGAGGAGCCCCACUUGCCUGUCCGAUCCAAGGCGAUCCCACUCGCUAUGAGCAGGUCGGCAUCGUCAACUUCGGAGUCGGAUGCGGAGAUAAAAUAGCUGCAGCCUACACCGAUGUUUCCAAAAUGAGACCUUGGAUUGAGUAUCAGAUCCAACUGAAUUCAGGUGGCGACCAUAAAAUCGUUUUAGAUGACUACUACACAUCAAGUACUACACCAACUACUACAACGCCAACAACAGAGGGUGCACCCUUUCCCAUGGAAAUUGAAAUUGCUUAA